AUGCCGCCCAUCGAGCUGCACGUCGACACGACCGCGACCACCGACGUCGCCAUCCACCCUUCGUCCUUCCCUCCCGACACGGUCGCAGGCGACCUCAUCGCGAUCCGCCCCGUCCUGCGCCCGGGCAGCAAGGGUAAGGCUAAGGACCGACCGCUCCUGUACAAGGUCGACAAGUCGCCCGACCUCGACGAGCUCGCCGCCGCUGCGGCCGGCGACGGUCCGGCGGGGCUCGCCGCGAGACGCAGGGGCAAGGCCCAGGUCACGGUCAGCCCGGUCGUCGCGCAGGGCUUCAGCUGGGUCAAGAACCGCAUCGAGGUCGAGCUGUCCCUCAUCCCGUCACCGCCUCCAGCGCGCCUGUGCGCCUCGCACGUCGAGCUCUACUUCAACAACCUGUACCUGUCGCGCCCGGACGGCUUUGCCCUGUCGCUCGCCCUCACCGACAAGGUGCUCCACGUCGGCCAGCGCGUCGCCCUCCCCGGCUCGGGCGCCCGCCUGCGCGUCGGCGACAUGUGGUCGGCCACGCCCGCCGACCCUUCCUCGUCGAGCAAGCGUGGCUCAUCGUCGUCGUCGUCGGCGCACGCCAAGAACAUGCGCCUCGAGGCGGCCUACAUCACCGACGACACCAAGUUCGUGUUCCGGUCCGAGUCGGCGCGCGCCUACAUCUUUGUCGAGGUGUCGCAAGAGCUGUGGCAGUUCGAGGAGGACGGCAGCUCGCUCCUCGAAAAGUGCGAGCUGUUCCUGCAUGAGCUGUGGUCGCACUACUCGGGCAAGAUGAGCACCGAGGCCGAGGACAAGCGCAGCAAGGGCAUCCCGACGAGCCACGUCGUGAGCAUUGUCCUCUUUGGUCGCGUCCUGUACGACGACGAGCACGACGCCGAGGAGGACCGGGCGCCGCUUCAACGCCUCGAGGACGGAACCCUGUACCGCGACUUCUACAAGGUCGUGGUCGACGUGACGCCGUCGCCGCCCAUCUCGAUCAUCCACCAAGUCGCGCUCGCGCUCCGCCGGUGGCAGUCGACCGUCCUCCUGCGCACCCGACCCGACGGCUCGGAGCGGCUCUCGGGCCGACUCGCCCACGCGCACGAGUCGCCCGUCCUCGAGGCGACCAACCUCGCGCUCAACUCGUUCGAGGAGCACUGGAUCGACCGCGACCUGCAGCGCACCGGCCAGGAGAUCGUCGUCUUGACGGCGGGCACGACGUUCUACCAGGUCGAGAAGAGCUUGUUGCGCCUCACGACCGAGCGCAUGCUCUUCCACGGCUGCGGCCUCGACCUCGUCAGCCUCAGCAAGAUGCCCCUGCACACGAUCCCGCUCUUCCAGUUUCGCUCGCCCGACCCGAGCGCGGCAGAGCUCGCCAUUGCCGUCAACGACUCGAGCGUCGCCCUCGCGGCCGUGCGCGCCGGCGAGUCGGUCGCGACGACGGGCACCCACCCGCUCGGCAUGUCGUUCUACUCGUCGUCGGCUCGGUCGCCCGUCGGGACGCACCACCGCUUCCCGGCGUCGGCGACGGCGUCGGGCGCGUUUCGCCCGUCGUCCCUGCGGCAGCAGCACGCGUUCCCGGCGUCGCCGCCGCUGCGAGACCCGCGCGCGCCGACCAUGGCCGACGCAAGGUCCGACUCGGCCGCCGCCGCCGCCGCCGCCGCAGCAGCAGCAGCAGCAGCCGCCUCGAGCCGCAUCGCGCCGAUUCAGGUCCCGGACGAUCAGCGCGACCCGCUCUACUUCGACCCGCCGCCGCCUCGGUCGUCAACCUCGACUGCCGCCCAGCACGCCCGAGGCCCGAGCGCCGCGGCCGCAUCGCCCUUUCCCGCCACCCCCUCGUCCAUCUCGUCCGCCGCCAUCCCCCUUCCCUCAGCACCAGCCUCGACAGCCGCACGGGCAGCAGGCGGCGGCGGCGGCGUCCUCGAGACGUCGCUGUACUACCACGAGCCCAUGUUCGUCUUCCCGCACUUUUUCGGGACCCAGAUCGACAAGCCGCACCGCGUCGACCGCUUCAUGCCGCGCGCACGGUGCUACGAGCUCAUGAGCCAGGGCGUCACCGAGCGCGUCCCGAUCGCGCUGCCGUUGCUCCGCCUCGAGCAGAACGGCGUCGGCAGCGCGGCGGCCGGAGCGGCAGUGGCGGCAGCGGCGGACGGCGAGUCGGCCGGGGGCACCGAGGCGGGCGAGGGCUACCUCGACGAGCUCGAGCGACGCCAGCUCCGCCGCGAGCGGUACGACGCGCUCGCGCUCGGCGCGCGCGACCCGGCCGAGCUUGCGGCGGCGGGCGCGGGCGCGAUCGGGCCGGGCGGGUGGGCCGACGAGCGCGAGAGCGGCGCGACGACGAGCGGGACGAGCGGCGGGAGCGGCGCGAGCGCGGGCGAGAGCGGGUGGGGGAGGAGCGUCGCCGAGAGCGAGGCGGAGGAGGACGAGCGGAGGAGGUUGGCGAGGCGGGCUCGGGACGAGGAGCGCCUCGCCGAGAUGAGCGAGGAGGACGAGGACGAGGCGCGCAGGGUCGGGCGGCGCAAGAGCUCGGCGGGCGCGGCGCUCGGCAUCGGCAUUGGCGCACCCGGCGCGUCGGCGGGCAGCGCCGCCGCAGGCCACUCGCGGCGCAGCUCGCUCGCCGGAUCCCGCCACCGCGCCGGGUCCAUCUCGACAACGUCGUCGUCGUCGGUGCGCCAUGCGUCCAUCGCCGAGGACUCGGACGACGACCGAGGGCGGCGGUCCGGGCGCGAGACGCCCAGGCGCAAGCUCGCCGCCGACGAGUCGGUCGGUCGGUCUAAGACGCCCGUCCCACGAGCACGAGCGCCCUCCAUCAGCGCCUCGAUCCGCACCCUCGCGUCGGGGCUCGGGCGCGGCGACGCGCCGUCUGCGCCGGGCUCGACGACCGGCGGCACGCCCGCCCUGCGCAAGGCGUCGACGCCGGCGCUCAUCGCGCGCCUGACGGGCGGCCCUGCACCCGCAGCCGUCUCGAACGGCGGCGGCGGGCCUCGCAACGCCCCGAGCGCCGCUCCCUCGCCGGCCAAGGGCGGCUGGCUCAGCUUCCUCGGCGGGCGCGGCUCGAGCGCGUCCAAGACGUCGUCGCCCGCCGCACAAGUCGCCGUCGCGCGCGUUGACGUCCAGGCCAACCUGCGGGACGAGGACGCCGUGACGACCGCCAAGCCCGACAGCGUCGAGGACGACGGCGGCAGCGUCGAGUCGCCCGUCCUCGCGCACUCGAGCGCGAGCCUGCGUCCCUCGUCGCGCUCGAGGAGUCGAGCCGACGCGAGGCGCAAGGGCUCGAGCAACAGCAAGACGCAGCCCAUCUCGAUCGGGUCGAAGUUCGGCCCGGCCGGCUCGUCCUCGGCAGCAGGUGUCGGCGGCGGCGGCGGCGGCGACAAGCGGCGUCACGGCGGCAAGGGUGGAGCAGGAGGCGGCGACGGUGGGAGCGGCGGCGGAAGCGUGCGCGAGGCGGGCCGCAUGUCGUCGUCGCUCAAGGCGUACGAGCCGGGCACGGCGAUGCGCAAGGCGUUCGGCAUCAGCGGCGGCAAGGUGUCGGUCGCGUCAAGGUUCAACCCGUCGAAGCCGGGCAAGCGCAGCGUCGGGCUCGCCGACCAGGCGCGGCGGUGGGCGGGCAUCCUCGUCGUCGAGGGGAGGAGUCUGCGGCUCGGCGUCAAGUGGAGGUCCAUCACGCGCGGCGCCAUCCUGCCCUUGACGACCGACUACCUCCCGUCGGCCGAGGUCCUCUCGAGCCAGUACUCGGACUUUCGCUACACGGUCCCGACCAGCGCCGUCACGGCGUCGUUCCUCCUGCGCACCGACCACCCGAAGCGGUCGCACAUCCUCACGCUCGUCACCGAGCUCAUCUGCCAGCGCCUCGCCCAAGGGUUCCAGAUCUGCACGCCGGCCAAUGCCUCGGGCGCGCUUGACGCCAUCAACGUCGCGACGACCAAGACGCUCCCCGACGUCCUGCGCGACAUCCAAGAGGGCGAGGUGACGGCCGUCUACCUCUCGCUGUCGAACCAGAUCCACCGCAUCUGGUACGACCGCCGCACGCAGACCGUGUGCGUCAAGAUCCUCCGGCGCCGUCGCACGUGGGCCAAGACCGACUACUCGUACAGCCCCUUGAUCUGGACUCGCGGGAGCGACAACUACGAGCCGACGCGCCUCUCGCUCCCGUACCCGGUCAUGAUGGACCCGCGACACGACUGGCAGCACGCCGACCGCCUCGUCGCCGGUGCCGAGAAGCCCGACGCGGCCCAGUCGGUGCGGUACCGCCGCACGAGGCUCGUGCUCCUCCCGAUGAGCCGCAUCCCGGACCGCGACUACAUCGUCGGCGCCAACAAGGCGCUCCAGGGCGUCAACGGCGGCGACGUGUCGGACGCGACGAUCCAGGCCCAGGGCUUCUACGUCCUCCUCGAGCUCAUCGAGAACGCGCGGUGGGCGCCUGCGGGCGUCGACAAGGAGCCUCUCUCGAUCGUGCAGACCAACCUCGACGCGCCGAGCUGGGCCGCCUCGAUCGCCAAGCAGCACGCGUCCGCCGACCCUGCGUCGUCGUCCUCGUCCGCCGCCGCCGCCCCGACCUCGCCGCCGACGAACGCGACCGCCAGCACGAGCGCGACGCAGCCCCGCACGUGGCUCUCGCGCAUGCAGAGUCGCGCCGGCGGUGUCGCCAAGGGCGACGAGGCGGCGUCGACGACGGCAACGGCGCCGGGCACGCCGGCGCUCGGCACCGCCGGCACCGAGCUCGAGCUGCCGCCGCCGGUCGCGACGGCUGGCGCGACGCCGAGCAAGGACGCCGUGCUCGCCGCGCUCAGUCGCAGUGAGGCGUCGUCGAGUGCGGCGGCGGCGGCGGCGGCCACGGCGUCGAGCUCGUCGUCGUUGCCCGACACGAGCCCGUCGCUCGGCAGCGUCAAGCUGAGCGAGGGCGGCGGCAGCAACGAUGUGCCGCCAGCCUCGACGACGACGGCGGCGGCGGUGUCCAAGGCGCCGGCGCCGCGCACGCGCGUGCAGAUGACGCACGCCGUCGUGCUCGACCUCGACCCGUCGCGGCGGUCAGACCGGUCCGAGCGCGUCCUGUGCCACCUCGACGCGUCGCACAACGUCGCGUCGGCGUUCCACGUCGAGCUCGCGUGGCUGACGGCCUCGGGCCGGAUCGUCGAGGGCGCGAUCCAGAGCUGGACGCGCCAGGUCGGGCGGUACGGGCUCGCGCUCGUCGAGGUGUCGAUGCGGAGCGUGCUCGAGCGGCACAACCCGUUCCAGAGGGCGAUGGAGGUGCGGCCGUGCGUGUGCCCGGACGAGCCGUGGACGAGCGACGAGGAGGACGAGGCUGAGGAGGCGCGCCGGGAGGGGCGCGAGCGCAGGGCGCCGCUCACCAAGCUUGACUACCUCUCGGCGCUCCUGCGCCACCUCGACUUUUUCCUCGACCUCGGCGCCGACUCGACCUUCCCCUCUCACCUCGACGCCGCCUACUCGUACCGCCGCGCACCGACGCCCUACUCUCAGUUCAUCCACCGCUCGGGCACCGUGCUCGCCGCCGUGCUCGGGCCCUCGUCCCCCUCCCCCUCCUCCUCCCGCUCCCGCUCCUCCUGCUCCUCCGACGACGCCUCGCACGACGAGGCCGACGACGGCAACACCGACGAGGGCCCCAACGCCGACGACGAGCCCCGCAUCGCGUACGCGCCCAACGCCGUGUUUAUCAACCACCGGCCGGACCUCGACGCGACGAGCCCGCCACCAGCAACAGGCGACUGCGAGGGGUACCGCUGGCACGCCCGCACCUCGCGCCACCUCCCAGGGCCCGGCGCACCCUCGUUCGACGACUUUGAGCGCGGCUUGCUCCAAAACCACUCGGACAACGAGCGACACUACAUCGAGUCGUGCUACCAAGCUCAACGCCUCGCCGUCGUCAAAGACGGUCAACUCGAGGACACCUCGCCCUUCCCAGCCUCGCGCCGCGCCUUUGUCUUUGCCCUCCUCACCCUCUCCCUCCCCCCUCGCCCGCACCCGCACCCUCACCCGCACCCGACCGACCCGCUCAACCCCGACGCGGCCCCCACCCCACAACCCGCACCGCGCCGCGCGUUCCUCGUCGUGUCGCUCCCGGCGACGCACGACGAUGCCCGCGAGGAGGACGAGCGCGAGCGGGCCGUCCGGGCGAGCAUGGCCGUCUCGUCCGACGCCGGCGGCGCCAUCCCGCGCUGCAUCACCGAGCGCGCCAUGCCCAACAAAAUCGCACAGGACGUGCCGAGCUUUGUCGAGUGGGUCACGAGGACCGGGACCGGGGGGAGUCGGGGCGAGGGUGAGGGCGAGGGCGAGGGCGGGGGGAGGGCGUGAGGGAGGGUAGGGGGGAGGAAGUGAGGGAGCGAGGGCAGGGGGGAGGAGGGCGGAAGAGGGGGCGCGAGCGCGGGACCUUGAGUGUUGCUCGUAACGAGUCUGCCAA